UGUCAAAUUGUGAAUUAUUUUGACAUAUUUAUUAUUUUGAUUUACCUAAUCGUUUUAUUACUUAAAACAUAAAAACGUAUAGAGAAAGAAAAAGGAAAAGAAUAUAAAGUAAAGCAAAAUAUUUAAGUGAUUAAUUGUCGUGAUCGUAAGACAGUCAAUUACUUUAUCAUUUUUGUUUUCCAACCAGUGAUUAGGUUAUAUUGUACACUUUUAUUGUAGUAACCUAAAAAAUGUAUAGAAAAUUAAAGUUCACAUAUAUAUCCACAUUGAACGUAAGUUAUUCCACUAGAGUUGCAAUAGAUGCUGCCAUCAAAGAGAAUUUUGAUACGAAACAGUUCAAACCUAAGAAACACCCAGGUACGACCCGGGUGAAAAUAGCUGCUAUUCCUCCAGACAUUCAAAAGGCUAUAAAAAUAAUAAUAGAAGACACCGGAGCGAAAUCUAUGAUACAGGAUAGUAUAAAAUUAAACAAUUAUCUCAGUUCAAGACUGCUACCACCAGAAGAUGACGAUAUCAACGUAAAGGCAGCUAAAAUCUACAAUAGCAUUUCUAAAAAAGUGCUUUCAAAUGUCAACAAAGAAUUAACUCCAGACGAGGACGAAAAGUAUCAGAAGAAAAUACAGACUUCAGUUUUUAAUGUGCUAAAGAGGAAUGUAUACAGAUGGGGUAAUAUUUCGUACGACAAACCAACCUGUUUGCAAUAUCUAAUGGCGAGAGCCGCUCCCGAUUAUGCGGUCCUGGUACGUGUGCUUGACGAAAUUAGAAAAAAAUAUCCAGAUUAUAAACCCCAUAGUUUUUUCGAUUUUGGUUCUGGUGUUGGUACAGGUACAUGGGCAAUAAACAAUUAUUGGCAAGGUGAUAUAUUUGAGUACUUCUGUGUAGAUACAUCCCAACACAUGCACGAUUUGGCCCGUUUAAUACUGUGUAAGGGCAAAGACAAUGUUGAGUUUCCUUUAAAAAGUUAUUUCCAGAGACAAUUCUUGCCCGCAUCUACAGAUCUGAAAUACAGUAUUGUGUUAUCUGCGUUCACAUUAUUUGAAAUGCCGAGCAUGAAAACGAGAUUAGAAACCAUACAAAAAUUGUGGAAUAAAACUGAGGACUUCUUAAUAGUUGUCGAACAUGGAACAAAUGCUGGCUUUAGAAUAGUUAAUGAAGCACGAGAAUUUAUCCUAAACCUUCCGAAAGGUCAAAAUAAUGGUUAUGCAUUUUCACCGUGUCCGAAUGACAAUGUAUGUCCACGAUACCUCGAGCAUAAAACUCCAUGUAAUUUCAUAAUGAAGUUUGAAACAUUACCAAUUUCUGGUAAAUCUGAAGUAAUGGCAGACUUGUUUUCGUACGUAAUAUUAAGGAAAGGUGUACGUCCAUCUGAUGAUCCACAGUGGCCAAGGAUAGUCCGUGCACCAAUUGUACGUUCUGGCCACACCAUUUGUAGGUUAUGUACCGCACAAGGGGAGUUGAAGGAAGUAAUAUUUUCCAAGUCUAAAUAUGAUCAAACAACCUACAGAUGUGCCAGAUCCAGUAAUUGGGGAGAUCUGUUACCUGUAAAAGAAAAUAAUAAAUAAUAAUAAAUA